GACACUGCGAAUUCCCUCAACAAACAUCUUGACUUUUUAUGGGACGCAAGUCUACCGAAUGAAAACGUCCAGUUCAUUCCUAUAUCUAUGGAAGUAUCCGUGUGUAUAAGUAUACUGAAAAAUUUAUACUAUGAAAAAGUCGCAACGCCUGCUUAUCGCAAAGAGGAAUUUAUGGAACUAGUCUGCGGUCUAACCAUUAAAGCGGAUACAUGGCAAAAAUCACCGAAUGUGAAGCUGGGGGUACACAAUGCGAUAUUUUACGAUGAACAAAAAAACAUAUCUCAGAAAUUCUUGAAUGACGUAAAAACAAAUUUUCACGCCGAACUGUACAACGUGUCCUUUGUUUGGAUAGAAAAAAUACUUCUGCCUUCUAUUGAAGAAUGGAUUGCUGAAUACACAACGCGAGAAGAUUACAAUUUGAUUGGCCCGAUCAGAGAGGCGAACGGUUACUUGCAAUUCAGCAUGUUGACGUUUACAGCUUGCUGGGAUACGCUGAAGACUACUGAAAUUUGGGACAGAACGUAUCGCUUCAAAACUACUUAUCAAACAGUGAUCCAAAUGCGAACAUUCAACUCGAAAGAAAAAAUCGGUUAUUACAAUAAUUCCAUACGGAAAUACGAAGCCAUCCGUUUACCCUUUAAAAACAAGGAAUUCUUCAUGGUCGUCCUGUUACCUUACCCGGAUCAACCAUUAAUAUCAAUCAAGAACUUCUCAUACGAUGAAUUAUACGAAUUAUUCGAAAUUGUCAGCGCGAAUAUCAUACACAUCGAUUACACCAUUCCAGUUAUGCAUUAUUCAACUGUGUUUUCUUUAAAGGAAAAAGGUGUUAGUAUAAAUGGAGAUACUAUCGUCUGCGAUUCAUUUUCAGCUCGGCAGACUUUCAACGAGACCGAUAUCAACUACAAACCGUUUUAUGUCGAUAGGCCAUUCGGUGUACUUAUUUAUGACGAAAGAACGCGCUACGUUUUGGUGCAUACGUGGGUGAAAAAUCCUAUUAUGACCUUUUCGAAUCCUAUUACUCCAAUGCAGUGGAAUUUGUUUAUUAAUUACACGUGAGUGUUAUUUUUUUUACGUCGUGACGUUCAACGUGCGAUUUCAUAACUAAACUAUUCUCAUUGUUGAAAAAUGUAUAAAAAUAUAAUAUUCUAAACCUA